AUGCCGGCUACCAAGAUCGCACCGUCGGUGCUUGCAUCCGACCUCGGCAACCUCAACUGCGAGUGCCAGCGCAUGAUGGACUCGGGCGCCGACUGGCUCCACAUGGACAUCAUGGACGGCCACUUUGUGCCCAACAUCGUCAUGGGCGCACCCGUCGUCGCCUCGGUCUCAAAAGCGGUCCCCAACAUAUUUAUGGACUGCCACAUGAUGGUGGCCGACCCAGGUCGAUGGGUCAAGGACAUCGCCGAGGCUGGAGGCAAAUCAUAUACGUUCCAUCUCGAAGCGACUGACGACCCCAUGGACGUGGUGCGUCAGAUCAAGGCGACCAAGAUGCGCGCGGCCGUAGCCAUCAACCCGGGUACACCGGCAUCCGAGAUCUCGGACGAGCUGGGCAACGCAGUGGACAUGAUCCUCGUAAUGACCGUGUGGCCCGGAGCGGGUGGACAGAAGUUCAUGAAGGAGUGCAUGCCCAAGGUCGCCGAGCUUCGGGCGCGGUUUCCGGACCUCGAUGUUGAGGUGGAUGGUGGUGUGGGACCCAAGACGAUCGACAGGUGCGCAGAUGCGGGGGCGAAUAUCAUUGUGGCUGGAACGGCGAUAUUCAACCAUCCGUCUCCCAAGGACGUCAUCGCCUUCUUGCGCAGCAGGUGCGACGAGGCGCAGGAACGCAUCAAGAAGGAACGCGAACGCAUCGCGCGCGGCGAAUCGGUCGACCACGAGAUCAAGCACUACGAAGACGGCCGCAAGUCGGGCUGGGCCUCGGGUGCCAUUACGCCGCUCUCGUAUCCGCGCGUCUACAUGUCCGCCUCCAAGCGCGAAAAGCUCCGCAGAGAGAGCCAGGGCGCCUUGGAACGCGGCGAACGCCCCACGCUCAGCUCCCUCCAGGGCAUGUCCGGCCUCUCCAUCACACCCGCAGUCCAGGGCAAGUGA